AUGCCGCACGUCCUCACUCCCGUUCUUCUUUCCCCACUCCGCCUCACCUUCUUCCCCACCUACCCGCACACCACACACAAUAUGGCCCGGGCGGCGGCGGACGGCAUGCCCGAGCGAAGGCGGGCGGAGGCCCCUGGCGGUGGCGGGCGCAUGCCCCGAGCGGAGGCGGGUGGAGGCCCCUGGCGGUGGCAGGCAUGGGCCCCGAGCAGAGGCGGACGGACGCCUCGGGCGACGGCGAGCGGAGGUCCCGAGUGGUGGCGGGCGGAGGCCCUAAGCGGUGGCGAAUAGGAGGUGGAUCCAGCCGACGGCGAUGGAAGGCGCAGCGGAGGAGGAAGGGCGCGCUCGCUGCGCGACGGAGGAGCCGCGGCGGGAUUGGGCUGCGGCUGGGAGGAGCCACGAUGGAGGAGCCGUGGCGGGGAGGAACCGCUGCAGGGAGAGGAAUGGCAGCGGCGGCGACGGUGAAGAGGAGCUGCCGCAGGGGAGUGCCCGUGCGCAGCGGGGGAGGAGCUGCCGCAGGGGAGUGCCUGUGCGCAGCGGGGGAGGAGCUGCAGGGAGAGGAAUGGCGGCGGCGGCGACGGUGAAGAGGAGCUGCCGCGGGAUCCACGCUGGAGGAGCCUCGCCUCCGUCGAUUCCCUUCCUCCGCGUCCAUUCUACGGCGACGUUCGUCCUCACCUUGGAUCCCGUCACCGGCGUCACGUCUGGCCACCCCAUGGAGGAGGUCGUGGCCAUGCCCGUUCUUGCCGGACCAUGGCAAACUUAGUGUGUGUAUCAUGGCAAAUGCAAUUUUCGGAGCAUGGCAAUUUCCAAUUUUAAGGACCAUGGUAAAUUUUCUUUCCUUUUUUUGCAACAUGGCAAAUUUUCUUCUUUGAAGGGACCAUGGCAAAUUUAACGGGACCAUGGCAACAUUAGAUUU